AUGCAGCUGCUGGCGACGCUAGCGAUCCUAGCGGCAGCGACGUUUGCGACGCCACAACAUUGGUCCAACAGUCGUGUGAAAGGAGGAUUCUUCAGUGCUGGGUUUGCAGAUCUGUACAGGAGAGAUGAUUUCAACUUUGACAAACUAAACAAAGCUCAGAAAGACAAUCUUCAAAGUAACAACGUAAAUCCAAUUGAUAAAAACUUUGGUCAAAAUCAAAAGGGAAUCGCUGAUGAAUCAGAGACAAUAAAAAAUCCAGAACUAAAUGCAACAAAAGAGUACACUGUAACUGUACAAGCAAACAAUAAUGAAAGCAACACUCUACAAUUGGAGCCAGCGGACAAAAUGGGAAGUUCAAACGGAAAUGCAACAAGGAUAGGAAUACAUAGCAUUGAGAGUUCAGAUCAAUUUAUAGAUCUUCAUAACUCUGAUAUACCCAUUGAACUAGAUUAUGAAGAAUACCCAGAUCUCCCAACAUAUGAUGGACAAGGGCAAGAUACUCAGGAUACACAAGUUCAUCAGCAGUUUGAUUAUCAAGACACAAAUUGGCAACAGGAAUCAGAGGACGAUGGCUCAUGGCAACAAGUGACAGAACAUGAAACACGAUGGGACCAGGUAACUGAAAAAGAAGUGAUUUGGAACAAUGAUGGUGCAGAGGAAGAAACUAAGCAUCAAGUUACUGCAGAUGAUGAAACUAAGCAUCAAGUUACCGAAGAAGACGAAAGUAAACAUCAAGUUACCGAAGAAGACGAAACUAAGGAUGAAGAAACUGAUGAUGGAGCUUGGAAUGAAGAUGAAGCUGAAGAAGAUGAAACUUGGAAUGAAAAAGACGAAGAGGAAGCACCUGAGGAUGAAGACUAUGAAGAAGGUGAUUCUGAAAAUGAAGAGGAUUGGCUAGAUGAAACAAGUGAUGACCAUCACCCAUCGGAGGGACCGAAAACAGAAAUGAAACCUAACCAUGGAACUCCUGAUGAGAAAACAAAAUAUCUACACCCAACUGUACCAGUUCCUACAACUGGAGACGUACACUUAAAGAAUCCUGAGUGUAAUUGUGAAACAGUUCAAACAACUCUAGUCGUACAUGGCCACGAAUCAUCAGGAUCCAGAGGGAUAAAACAUUUUACAACUAUUAGACCACCCUAUGAAUUUGGGGAUAAUCAUUUCUAUCCUAAUCCCACAAGAAAACAUACAAUUCCAGGAAAUAGAGGAUCAAAGCAUUUUUCUACAGUCAGACCAAACUACGAUUUUGGAGGUAGCCAGUUUCCCCAAAACCCAUUUGUAAAGUCACCUCCCACUCAAGUUCCUGUGAAACCAACCAAGCAUUACUGGCCGGAUGUAACAAUUAUUACACCUCGACCAGGAAUACCUACAACAAAUCAUCACAUUCCGGCUUAUCCUCCACAGCACCCGUUUCCUCAAGUACCACCAACUCAACACCCUUCACAUCCUACAAAUUUCCCUGAUAUCCACCAUGGACCAGUCAAUCCAACAAAGCGUCCAUAUUCUCCUCAUGUGCCAUCUCAAAAUAUUCCAGGAUAUCCAACCGGACACCCAAAUCCUCAGUGGCCACCUCAUAAUAUCCCAGUACACCCAAAUCCUGAUGUACCAACACAUAACAUUCCAGUACACCCAAAUCCCAAUGUGCCAACACACCAUACACCAGGACAUCCAACCACACAACCAAACCCUCAGUGGCCACCUCAUAAUAUCCCAGUACAUCCAAAUCCUAACGUACCAACACAUAAUAUUCCAGUACACCCAAAUCCUGAUGUACCAACACAUGAUAUUCCAGUAAACCCAAAUCCAAAUGUGCCAACACAUAAUAUUCCAGCACACCCAAAUCCAAAUGUGCCAACACACCAUACACCAGGACAUCCAAAUCCUCAGUGGCCACCUCAUAAUAUCCCAGUACACCCAAAUCCUGAUGUACCAACACAUAAUAUUCCAGUACACCCAAAUCCAAAUGUGCCAACACACCAUACACCAGGACAUCCAACCGGACAUCCAAAUCCUCAGUGGCCACCUCACAAUAUCCCAGUACACCCAAAUCCUGAUGUACCAACACAUAAUAUUCCAGUACACCCAAAUCCAAAUGUGCCAACACACCAUACACCAGGACAUCCAAAUCCUCAGUGGCCAUCUCAUAAUAUCCCAGUACACCCAAAUCCUGAUGUACCAACACAUAAUAUUCCAGUACACCCAAAUCCAAAUGUGCCAACACACCAUACACCAGGACAUCCAACUCCUCAGUGGCCACCUCAUAAUAUCCCAGUACACCCAAAUCCUGAUGUACCAACACAUAAUAUUCCAGUACACCCAUAUCCAAAUGUGCCAACACACCAUACACCAGGACAUCCAAAUCCUCAGUGGCCACCUCAUAAUAUCCCAGUACACCCAAAUCCUGAUGUACCAACACAUAAUAUCCCAGUACACCCAAAGCCUCAUGUACCAACACACAAUAUUCCAGAGCACCCCGCCAAAAACCCAAAACCUGAAUACCCUACAACACAUGUUCCUGAGCAUUCUACAGAACCUGAAAUCACCACUAUAUAUUAUCCUGACCAUUCUUCUGACACCCCUCAUCAUGAUGUGCCAUCAUCCCAUCACAAACCUGACCACCCUACAACACAUGAAGUUCAUACUCCUCCUACAAAAUACCCCAAGCCUGUAAACCCAACCACUCAUCAGAUACCAAUACGCCCUAGUAAACACCCUCAACCUGAAUAUCCAGCCACACAUCAGAUACCAAUACAUCCUACUAAGCACCCUGAAUAUGAACACCCAACCACUCAUGAAGUUCACAUUACUCCUACAAAACACCCUAAACCUGAAUUCCCAACCACUCACCAAAUACCAAUACAUCCAGAGCCUGAAUUCCCUUCUACCCAUCAGAUACCUAUACACCCUAGUAAACAUCCUCAUCCUGAAUUUCCAACCACACAUCAGGUACCAAUACAUCCUACCAAAUACCAGAACCUGAACAACCAACCACACAUGAAGUUACUAUUCCUCCUACAAAACACCCCAAACCUGAAUAUCCAACUACUCAUCAAAUACCUACAUUUCCCUCUAAACACCCAACCACUCAUAAAGUACCCAUGCAUCCUACCAAACACCCUGAGCCAGAAUAUCCACCCACCCAUGAAGUACCCACACAUCCUACUAGGCACCCUGAACCUGAAUACCCAACUACUCAUGAAGUACCCACAUAUCCCACCAAACACCCAACCACACAUGAAGUACCCACACAUCCUACUAGGCACCCUGAACCUGAAUACCCAACUACUCAUGAAGUACCCACACAUCCCACCAAACGCCCAACCACCCAUGAAGUGCCCACACAUCCUACUAGGCACCCUGAACCUGAAUACCCAACUACUCACGAGGUACCCACACAUCCACCAAACGCCCAACCACCCAUGAAGUACCCACAC